AUGCCGUCUGCCGCGGAAUGUCUCGCCAAGGCGCAAGAGUUCCUGAAGGCAGACGGUGGCGGAGCGGAGCCGCAGAGCAAGAGGUUCGCGGCCACGGCGGCCCCGACCGCAGGCGCGGCGUCGUCGGGCCAGGGCGCCGGCCCGGCAGAGCGGCAACUACUCACGAAGACGCUUCGCUUGGUGCUAUACCGGUCGGCAGACGCGGAGCAGCUCUUGAACGCGACGGCCCAUGUCAACCUUUUCGGGGCCCCGGACCUCCAGGACCGCGCGCUGAAGGCGCUGGAGCUAUGGGAGAAGCACGAGCCGGAGGUCUCGGAGGCGGGCCGGAUGGCGAAGAAAUGGCCAAUCCACCCCUUGGGCAGCAAGACGUUCUUCUUGCACUCCACGACCCUACAGGUCAUUCAGGACGUGGCCAAGCAGAACGGCGGCGACGCCGAGAAACCGGUGACGGAGGCCACAACGCAGCUUCUCACCAUGGAGGACUCGGAGGUGCAGCGAUUCCACACGAAGUGCUGGCCCAAGUUCAAGACGCCCAAGGAGAAGCGCGUGCGGAAGCGGGAAAUCGUGUUCAGCCCUUUGACGCCAGAUGCGGUGCGCAUCGAGUGGGCCAAGCUUGUGACGCACGCAAAAUGUGGCACGCAGUCAGCGUGGAUGUGCGCAGGGGCGGACAGAGCGACCUGGAGAGCGAGCUGUGGGAGACACUGA